GGGAGCUCUGACACUUACUACUCGGGGUUCAUGUUGAGCUGCAGGUGCGCGUGUGUCGUCAGUUGAGCAGCGGUUCAGUCUGAAGGUGAAGCUAGAAUCCGCUUCGAACCGGAGGAGAAAAACACCGUUAAACUGGAGAAGUUAAACUGGUUAAACUGGUUAAACUCUGGUUACCGCAGUCACAACAGCAUAAUCUCAUCAAAUAUGGCUGCCGCGGCUACCUACCCGGAAAUGCCAGAGCAGAGGGGACCAUGGGAAAUGUAGUGACCUGACGAUAGGACCUCCUUCUUGUUGUUGUUAUUUAAGCGCGGUUAUUAGUUGUUUCCACACAUUAUCAACAUCAGCAUCAGCUCAACCCGACAUUUGUGACACCGUGAAUGUGUGUGAGUUCAAAGACUAACGGAGAAACAGCUGCGCCGUUGUCGUCACUCGAUCACAUGACGUGCCGGUCAGCUGACCGCCGUCUUCCGGGUUGUGUGUUUAUCUCCAGCUUCAGUUUCCUCCGUGUUGACUCGGUUGGCACCAUGAGCGCCUCAGACAGCGAGGAUGAUUUCUACAAUGAGAGGACGGCGUUGGUCCCGGCAGAAAAUCCAGCGGUGCCGUCCUAUAGGCCAGAUCUUGACUCCACCCCCACAGAAGACUCUCCACCUUUAAGGCCAAAGCCGGUGGCCAGCGGGCGAGCGGCUCCAGUCAGCGUGGACGGCAGUGGCGGUGAAGGAGGGGGGGGCGGGGGCUCGGAUCAGGAGGCAGACGACGAGGAGCUGACGCUGAAGUACGGCGCCAAACACGUGAUCAUGCUCUUCAUCCCCGUCACUCUCUGCAUGGUGGUUGUGGUCACCACCAUCAAGUCGGUCAGCUUCUACACGGAGAAGACCAACCAGCAGCUGAUCUACACGCCGUUCACGGAGAACACGACAUCUGUCGGCCGCCGCCUCCUCAACUCUGUCCUCAACACCAUCAUCAUGAUCAGCGUCAUCGUGGUCAUGACCAUCUUCCUGGUCGUCCUCUACAAGUAUCGCUGCUACAAGUUUAUCCACGGCUGGCUCAUCUUGUCGUCCCUCAUGCUUCUCUUCUGGUUCAGCUUCAUGUAUCUCGCGGAAGUGUUUAAGACCUAUAACGUGGCGGUGGACUACGUGACGGUGUCGGUGCUGAUCUGGAACUUCGGGGCUGUGGGGAUGAUCUGUAUCCACUGGAAAGGUCCUCUGCAGCUGCAGCAGGCGUACCUCAUCCUCAUCAGCGCUCUCAUGGCGCUCGUCUUCAUCAAGUAUCUGCCCGAGUGGUCAGCGUGGGUCAUUCUGGGCGCCAUCUCCGUCUAUGAUCUGGUGGCCGUCCUCUCUCCGAAGGGUCCUCUCAGGAUGUUGGUGGAAACGGCUCAGGAACGUAAUGAGCCCAUUUUCCCGGCCCUCAUCUACUCCUCCGCCAUGAUGUGGACGGUGGGGAUGGCGAGCCCGGCGGACGCUCCGCACUCCCAACACCACUCAGAUGAAGAGGCGGAGCAGAGUGUCAGAGGGGCGGAGCCUGAGAGCAGACAGCCCAGGACAUUUCCAGAAGAGCUGGAGGAAGACAGGGGAGUGAAGCUGGGACUGGGUGACUUCAUUUUUUACAGCGUUCUGGUUGGAAAAGCAGCAGCCACCGGUGGAGACUGGAAUACGACACUCGCCUGCUUCGUAGCCAUCCUCAUUGGCCUGUGCCUCACACUGCUGCUGUUGGCCAUCUUUAAGAAAGCGUUGCCGGCGCUUCCCAUCUCCAUCACCUUCGGCCUCAUCUUCUACUUCUCCACGGACUUCCUGGUGCAGCCGUUCAUGGACAACCUCGCCGCUCACCAGUUCUACAUCUGAGUCGGAGCCCCGCCCACCCCCAUCACAGGAAGUGAUGUAACAGCUGCCGCUCCUGUCACUCAAACAUUCCUCUUUUUAAUACAGGACUUUUUAGAAGAAAAGAAAAAGUGAAUUUCAGCUGGAUUUUUAAGGUGGAUUCACAUAUUUGUAGAUCAAAGAUAAAGAAAUAAAACGUGACCUCUGACCUUUAGUCCAUUUGAUUUACUUUGUUGAAAUUUUGUGUUGUGUGUGAGCAGCAGAUUAUUUCAAAUAAUCUCAGGUUCUGUUUGACUCAUUAAAGGAAUAGUCCAGGUUUUUUCAAGUGUGAAUGACACUUAAAAAAACCUCACCUGUCCCUUUAAUAACGCGGCUCAGUAAGAGUAUUUUAAUAAACGUUAUUGUUUUAUGUACAGCCUGCAGGGGGCGGGCCAGGGGGCACUGUUACACAGUGAACAGAUUUAGUUGAUUUUAAAUUCAAACUUGUAUCAAAGAAAUAAAAGUGUUUCUUGCUUUA